UCUCUUAACGUUGCCUUAACUCCUCUUCACUGCGUGCGGAUCCGAGGAGUUUGGGGAAACCCUAAUCCUAACCCUAGCCCUAAUCCACCUCUUGCUCUUCGCUUUCAGUCAUGGCUGGCUUGGCACCGGAAGGAUCACAAUUUGAUGCUCGUCAAUAUGAUAGCAAAAUGAAUGAGUUACUUGGGACUGAUGGACAAGAUUUCUUCACAUCAUAUGAUGAGGUCUAUGAAAGUUUUGAUGCAAUGGGGCUGCAAGAGAAUCUCCUGAGAGGCAUUUAUGCAUACGGUUUUGAGAAGCCCUCUGCAAUUCAGCAAAGAGGUAUUGUUCCCUUCAUCAAGGGGCUUGAUGUAAUUCAGCAAGCACAGUCUGGAACUGGAAAAACAGCAACUUUCUGCUCUGGAAUUUUGCAGCAGCUUGAUUAUGGCUUAGUUGAAUGCCAGGCAUUGGUCCUUGCACCCACUCGGGAACUUGCCCAACAAAUUGAAAAGGUUAUGCGAGCACUAGGUGAUUAUCUUGGUGUGAAGGUUCAUGCUUGUGUUGGUGGGACCAGUGUCCGUGAAGACCAGCGCAUUCUCUCAAGUGGGGUUCAUGUCGUUGUGGGUACUCCUGGUAGGGUUUUUGACAUGUUGCGCAGGCAAUCACUUCGUCCUGAUUACAUUAAGAUGUUUGUGUUAGAUGAAGCAGAUGAAAUGCUUUCACGAGGUUUCAAGGAUCAGAUCUAUGAUAUUUUCCAGUUGCUGCCAUCAAAGAUUCAGGUUGGGGUGUUCUCUGCCACAAUGCCACCUGAGGCCCUUGAGAUCACAAGGAAAUUCAUGAAUAAACCUGUGAGGAUUCUGGUGAAACGUGAUGAGCUCACCCUUGAGGGUAUCAAACAGUUCUAUGUCAAUGUUGAUAAAGAGGAAUGGAAGCUUGAGACACUUUGUGAUCUCUAUGAGACGCUGGCGAUCACCCAGAGUGUCAUCUUUGUGAACACCCGGCGCAAGGUUGACUGGCUGACGGACAAGAUGCGCAGCCGUGACCACACAGUCUCUGCCACCCACGGAGACAUGGAUCAAAACACAAGAGACAUCAUCAUGCGUGAAUUCCGAUCUGGUUCCUCUCGUGUGCUCAUCACUACUGAUCUAUUGGCCCGUGGUAUUGAUGUCCAGCAAGUCUCUCUUGUGAUAAACUAUGACCUCCCAACACAGCCAGAAAACUACCUCCAUCGAAUUGGGCGUAGUGGACGAUUUGGGAGGAAGGGGGUGGCAAUCAACUUUGUGACCAAGGAUGAUGAGAGGAUGCUUUUUGAUAUCCAAAGGUUUUAUAAUGUGGUGGUUGAGGAGCUGCCAUCAAAUGUUGCUGAUCUCCUGUGAUGAAGUUUUUGCUCAUGGAGGUAAAUGACUUUUAUUUGAAAAGUCAUAUUUAUUAUGUUCGUUCUCAUAGGUCUGGCAUCUUAAUUUAUCAUGGAAUGAACUUGCCGUACAAUUGGGAGAUACAGGUCCUGCGCAUUUCACAUCGGGACACAUCCAUUGCUCAUUUUGGGUAUAUUGGCAACCCGUUGUUGCAACUUUUGUUGCCUGAGUUUUCUUUUGUAUUUUAAGUUUUUUAAGUUUCCUUGAACAAUUUGAGAAAUUGGAUCUAGUUUGGAUUGGAUUCGUUUUGUUCUAUUUUAGUUUUUUGUGUGUGGGAGGAGAAGCUCAAUAUGAUUAGAAAAUGGUUUUUUGAGUUUCAGGAGGCUGGACUUGCACCA